AUGAUGGGGGCCAAGCCAUGUGUGCGUGGUCCCGCCACGGUGGCGGGCCUCGCGGCGCGACCGAGCCGCAGCCAGCUACGUAGACCCACGGGUGCGCCGAUCACGGCGGACUGGGCCCACCAGACAGCGCGGGCGCGCAGGCACUGUGCAGUGAAGGCUGGCAAGGACUCGAAGGACGCCGAUGCGGACUCGAAGGAUGACGAGGACUCGGGUCUCGGGUACAAGAAGCGGAAACUCACUGUAGGGAGCUUUGCGGAGCUAGUGGGCUUCGGACUGGGCCUUCCGGUGCCCGCGGAGGUGAAGCUGGACAAGGAGCGGUGGGUCGUGAAGGCUGACUUCGAGUCGAACAACUUCGACGCCGAGCAGACGUACCGCGACCAGGGGUACGUGGACGAGAGCGACAGCUCCGGCCUCAGCACCGGCGCGCUCGGCGCGCUGAUCUUCGGCGUCGUCAUCCUGGUCGGCGUCGCCCUGAGCAUGGUUUAUCUCGUGAAGUGA